AUGGUUGGCAGGUAUCUGUUGCAGAUACCCGUCAUCCGCUGGCAGAUACCCGCCAGCGGGUGCGGAUGGCCCCUUUUCCGCAAAAACCUGGCGGGUAUCCCCAAGGAUACCCAAGGCCAGAAGGGGAGAUGGCCGGCUGGAAGGAUUUCCUUCCAGCCCGUCGAGGUAGAUAUGUUCUCAUCUCCAGUCGAAGGAGGCCACGUGCUCAUCAUCCCAUUCUCACCCCUCAAGGACCAGGAAAUUUUCAACACUAAUGGGGCCGGAGGCGCCUUUGCUGGCGGUGUUCUCACCGGAUUGGUCCUCCAAAAACCAAUUGAUCAACACAUCAAAAUUGGCCACAAGCUCGGCAAAAUGUGUGUUGGUCAAGUCGGCCCAAAGUUCAAGUCUUAUGAAUUUCAACUACAUAAGCAGUAG